UUUUUUUUUUUUUUGUAUUUUUAGUAGAGACGGGGUUUCACCGUGGUCUCGAUCUCCUGACCUCGUGAUCCGCCUGCCUCGGCCUCCCAAAGGGCUGGGAUUACAAGCGUGAGCCACCGCGCCCGGCCCCAAUCCAAAUCUUUAACAGAGCCCUCUUUUCCUCUGGGCCCCACUCAAAGCUGGCAGUUUUCCCGUUACCCAAUAAAGGGGUCAGAGAGGUAUCCUCUAGUGUGGUGCAUGCUGACUCCAAAACACAGAGGUGCAUCAAUGCUGUGACUCUUUCUUCCUUGUAAGGAUGCAGGAUGCAAUAACUUGUCCCUGGCUUGCCCUCAAACGCUGCACCACUGAGAACGUCGCUGAUAUGGCAGGCUCCAGAACUGCUGAGGGCUUCUCGCUCAUCCUCUGACAUGCAUGGCCUUAACAAGGCCAGAGCGCUUCCUUCUUCACCAUGUCCAACUAGUAUGACGUCAUCAAUGUUACAUGGAAUAUAGAUAAGCUACCUAAGGACUAUUGUGACUGAGAACAGGAGAGUUCAAAUAGCAAGAAGCAAGACCAUUUACAGAGCUGUCCUUCCCAUAUAAAUGUGAACUGCUUUUAAUCCUCUUUACCACUGGGAAUUGAAAAGAAUGUUCACCAAGUCAAUAAUUGCAUUAUCAAGUGCCAGAGGUGCAUUUAUCGGUUCCAGUAAAGAUACCACACCUAGCACAGCGGUGUGAUCGGGGACACGACUUGGCUAAGUUUGUGCAGGACAUCAUCAUUUACUUGAAUCCACUGAGAUUUAGCAGGAGCCAUUCAGGUUAACUGAAGGGAUGAAAGGGUAACCACUGCUUUAUAAGUCUUCGAGGGCGAAAUACCUCUGCAAUUACACCUGGAAUGCAGCAUUGUUUCUGACUUACUGUCUUGGAAAGGUUUCAGUAGGGUGAGGAGUCUCAAAGGCUUCUACUUUGCUCUUCCUUACAUAUGGUACCAAAGGCCUAGGAUCAAUGUACAAGCUCCGCGCUCUGCUAGGUACAAACAUCCCAAGUAUGCAUUGAGACCAGAGAAGUAACCACAGGACUUGGGUUGGGAAUUCUGCUUAUCAUCUGAUUUCCAUAAGCCUGCACCCUAAUGAGAGGGCCAUGAUGCUUCAGGGCUCCUGGAAACAGUGUCAGCUCAGAUCCUGUAUCAGCCCCUCAAAGACCUAGAUAGUCCCUUUUCCGAAGUAAACUAGUUUUUUUGGUGUGUUUGUUGUUGUUGUUCAGACGGUCUUGCUGUGUUGCUCAGGCUGGAAUUCAGUGGCGUGAACACAGGUGACUGCAGCCUUGACCUCCUGGGCUUAAGUGAUUCUCUCACCUCAGCAUCCAGAGUAGCUGGAACCACAGGCGCCUGCCACCACACCCAGCUAAUCUUUUAAUUUUUGUAAAGACAGUUUCUUGCUGUUGCCCAGGCUGGUCCCAAACUCCUGGGCUCAAACGAUCCUCCUACCUCGGCUUCCCAAAGUGCAGGGAUUACAAGCGUGACCCACCGACCCCAGCCAGAAUCUUUUUUUUCUUUUUUUUUUGAGACAGAGUCUGGCUCUGUCACUCAGGCUGGAGUGCAGUGGCUCGCUGCAACAAGGCCUGGGUUCAAGAGAUUCUCAUGCCUCAGCCUCCCGUGUAGCUGGGAUUACAGGCACAAGCCACCGCACCCGGCUAAUUUUUGUAUUUUUAGUAGCGACGGGGUUUUGCUAUGUUGGCCAGACUGGUCUCAAACUCCUGUCCUCAAGUGAUCCGCCCGCCCCGGCCCUCCCAAAAUGCUGGGAGUACAGGCGUGAGCCACUGCGCCCGGCCCAGUUACUUUUUAAAGUGGCUCUAGGUCCCUUUAGGGAAGGACUGGAGGAAUAUUUCUUGGUACAUGCUCAGAUGCUGGUAUUCUAAGAUCCUCCCCGAAAGGAACCAAGCCUCCUUGUCAAUUAAUGGGCUCUAGGUCUCAAAACUGACUCAGAUUUAAACAGAAUGAUCAUGAUUUUCCACUGCAGCAAGUGACAUUAGCCUUGUGAUCACCAAUUGUUGAUUUCUUUCUGGUUAUCAAACAAUACUCUAGUCAGAAGCCCCAAAGAACACCAUGGUUCGACAGACAUUGCCACAGAUCUCUGUGGGUCCAGCGUUCCUGGUCGCCGCUCUAGCCUGGGGCAGAAGCAGAAAUGCAGGAGGCACGCGUUUAAAUCGGGACGCCCUCAAUGUGAGGUGCGCAGGCCGAGGAGGAGUCUUCACUUUAUGCUCUUGGGUUUGACUCUGUAAUUGGUUCUAGGCCUGGAGGAGACGAGGAGGAUAGGGGGAGAGGGGAAUGAAUGAAGACGCGCAUCUCAAGCAGGGCAGCAAAAGCCUCCUCAUUCAGAGUCGCGGCUCUACCGGCCAGGGAGUCCCCGUGUGACUGGCAUGUAUGCAACUAGAGUCAUCCGAACUGUCCCAAGGGUCACAUUCCUUCAGCAAAUGUUUACUGCGUACCCACCGGGUGCCCGUAUCCCGCACUCUGCCCGCGCUGUGGGGCCCUGCCUAGCGCGCGCGCGCUUCCUCCAGGCCUCACCCACGCUCAGGACGGACGCGCGCUGGGCGGCUCUUCCUUGUCGGAGCGCCCUAGGGGUCGGGGAAGAGGACCGGGCAAGGGAGCCCUCGCGCCGGAGCUGCAACUGCAGCCGCCGCCCGGCCGCCCCUCCGGCUCCCACAGAGACUCAGCUCCUUCUCUCGGGUCUUCCGGGACGCUACAGCGCCCAGGCCGUUCCUCGCCCGCGCACGCGCCGUUCCGCCACCUGACUGGCCCCCGGCGCCCCGGAUUGGCCCAGGCCGUCCAACAGCGGCCCCGCCCAGAGAGAGGCCAUUGGUCUUUGUCCAUAGGGGCGGGGCACGGCGGAGAGCUGCGGUAUUCGGCCUUCGGAAAGAGCCCCCGGGCCGCAGCACGGACAGAGCCGAGCGCCGCAGCCAUGAGCCGAAUAGAGCCGGAGAGACCCGAGUAUGACCGGAGAAGUCCAGGCCGGCCGGAAGAGGAGCCGAGCGCGGCCGGAAGGAACCGAGCCCGUCCGAAGGGAGCGGAGCGCAGCUGGGCGUGGGGCCCGGUCGACCCCGCGCCAUGGCGGCCGAGGGGGCAGCUGUGGCCGGAGGCGGGGCUGUUGGCGGCUGCCUGGCCAAAGACGGCUUGCAGCAGUCUAAGUGCCCGGACGCUACCCCAAAACGGCGGCGCGCCUCGUCGCUGUCGCGUGACGCCGAGCGCCGAGCCUACCAAUGGUGCCGGGAGUACUUGGGCGGGGCCUGGCGCCGAGUGCAGCCCGAGGAGCUGAGGGUUUACCCCGUGAGCGGAGGCCUCAGCAACCUGCUCUUCCGCUGCUCGCUCCCGGAUCACCUGCCCAGCGUUGGCGAGGAGCCCCGGGAGGUGCUGCUGCGGCUGUACGGAGCCAUCCUGCAGGGCGUGGACUCCCUGGUGCUGGAAAGCGUGAUGUUCGCCAUCCUUGCAGAGCGGUCGCUGGGGCCCCAGCUGUACGGAGUCUUUCCGGAGGGCCGGCUGGAACAGUACAUCCCAAGCCGGCCAUUGAAAACUCAAGAGCUUCGAGAGCCAGUGUUGUCAGCAGCCAUUGCCACGAAGAUGGCGCAAUUUCAUGGCAUGGAGAUGCCUUUCACCAAGGAGCCCCACUGGCUGUUUGGGACCAUGGAGCGGUACCUAAAACAGAUCCAGGACCUGCCCCCAACUGGCCUCCCUGAGAUGAAUCUGCUGGAGAUGUACAGCCUGAAGGAUGAGAUGGGCAACCUCAGGAAGUUACUAGAGUCUACCCCAUCACCAGUCGUCUUCUGCCACAAUGACAUCCAGGAAGGGAACAUCUUGCUGCUUUCAGAGCCAGAAAAUGCUGACAGCCUCAUGCUGGUGGACUUCGAGUACAGCAGUUAUAACUAUAGGGGCUUUGACAUUGGGAACCAUUUUUGUGAGUGGGUUUAUGAUUAUACUCACGAGGAAUGGCCUUUCUACAAAGCAAGGCCCACAGACUACCCCACUCAAGGACAGCAGCUGCAUUUUAUUCGCCAUUACCUGGCAGAGGCAAAGAAAGGUGAGACCCUCUCCCAAGAGGAGCAGAGAAAACUGGAAGAAGAUUUGCUGGUAGAAGUCAGUCGGUAUGCUCUGGCAUCCCAUUUCUUCUGGGGUCUGUGGUCCAUCCUCCAGGCAUCCAUGUCCACCAUAGAAUUUGGUUACUUGGACUAUGCCCAGUCUCGGUUCCAGUUCUACUUCCAGCAGAAGGGGCAGCUGACCAGUGUCCACUCCUCAUCCUGACUCUCCACCCUCCCACUCCUUGGAUUUCUCCUGGAGCCUCCAGGGCAGGACCUUGGAGGGAGGAACAACGAGCAGAAGGCCCUGGGGACUGGGCUGAGCCCCCACGUGAAACUGAAGUUCAGGAGACCGGCCUCUCCCUGAGUUUGAGUAGGGCCCCAUGGCUGGCAGGCCAGAGCCCCGUGCUGUGUAUGUAACACAAUAAACAAGCUUCUUCUUCGCA